GCCCGCUGUCAAACAGCCUAUUUUUGAUUGUUUACAUCGAUUGCAGAAAAAUUUUGGGAAGAAAUCCCUGCGAAAGCAUUGAAAAUGUCCGAAUACAACAAAGCUAAAAUCAGUAAACUCGUUCUAAAGGGUGAAAGUUCUAAGGGUACCAAGCGAAAGCACAAAAAGGACAAGAAGGAUAAAGAAGCUAAGCGAGCGCUCGUGGUCGAUACGGACGCGGUGAAGCACGGCGGUUGGUGGCAGGUCGCGAAAACUAGCGACAUUACCGGCUCGAUCGCACUCCAGUUCGAUAAGCAGGCGUACGUGAAAGCGCUGGACAAUGGGCUAUUCACACUGGGCGCACCGCACAACGAGGGUGAUCCGCCGGAUCCGGAAGAAAUCUUCAGCGCCGUACUGAUCAACGAGCAGAAGGUGGCCUUCAAGUCCGGCUACGGCAAAUACCUGAAGGUGGAGAAGGACGGCAUGAUAACGGGGCGGUCGGAUGCGGUGUCGGCGCUGGAGCAGUUCGAGCCAGUGUUUGAGCAGGGCAAAACGGCACUGCUGGCGGCGAACGGUUGCUUCGUGUCGGUCGAUCCGGAGGACGAUGCGCUGGUGGCUAUCAAGAAGAAGGUGGGCAGCGAUGAGGUGUGCACGAUACGGAGCUGCGCCGGAAGGGAGGACAUUUCCAGCAAGGAGCUGCCGGUGGAGGAAUCGGGCGAUCUCGAUCAAGUGGAGCUAAACUAUGUGAAAAAGUUUCAAAAGUUCCAAGACAAGAAGAUACGCGUAAGCAAGGAGGACAAAUUGACUCUGAAAAAGGCAAAAGAGGACGGCGCCCUGCAUGAAGCAUUGCUGGAUCGGAGAAGCAAGAUGAAAGCGGAUCGAUACUGCAAAUAAGAAUAGAUUGUUCGCAAAAAAGUCGCCCCCAAUAAAGAACGCUUACAAAGACACAAGGUUAAGAUAAAGUA